UUGGUAUAUCUGUCAUUUCAGGUUACGGACAUGAUGGUGGCCAACAGUCACAACCUCAUAGUGACUGUCAAACCGGCUAACCAGAGGAACAAUGUGGUGCAUCGUGGGAGUAAAACUUCAGUAGGCAACUCUGGUUCUGUGGGCUCAGCUGGAUCUACGAGCUCCGCUCUGUCACAUGACUCACCAAGCCCCGCCUCUCAGAGCAACCCCAUUACUGCAAGCAACAGCAUUGCAGAGGGCGACAGUGACGAUGAAGAUGACGAUGGCGACCUCAUUCUGGAGAAUGACUGUCUGACACCCUUCGACUCCCACCGGGUAACCAACAGCAACAAUACCAACCUCAACAGAGACUCACCUAGCAACAGGCCGCACAACUCCACUGUGGUUAGGCCCCUCCCACAGAGUGUGUCAUUGCCCAAUAGCGUUGGGGCAUCCCUGAGUGACAGCUCCAUGAUGAUGUCCAAUCACAACGGAAACCCUGCCCACACGUCUAGUAGCAGUCAAGACAGCAUGAGAGAAGAUGGCAACAUAAUAACAUUGUAACCACGGCAACACUGACAGCUACACUGUAACAGUCAGAACAAUGAAAUAUAACCACAGAGUGCUGUAACCAUGACAAUUACAGAUGGCUGUGCUUCCGUCAGCCAGACUCAGCAGCACCUUUUCUUUUAAAGGUUCUUGCUGUUGGUUCUCUGAUAGUUCCUCUUGUAAAGUGGACUGACUCUGAGUGUUUGACACUGACAGCACCGCAGAGAUACAGGACAGCGGGUUCUGCUAGCUUCUUACCCCUUGCCAGCCUUGGUGGAUUAUGGGCUUUCACAAUCUACAGGUAAAACAACACUGACUUUUGCUAAUGUACAGAGCUGAAAUAUCAGGUUCUGUACGUAAAAAAAAAGGUUUAUAUUCACCCCAGAGAAAUGAUUGAAAUGCCAUAAUGUGUUAACUGAUCAGUGUGGACAACAACUUUGAGAAAUAAUUGAAAAUGCUCUUGUAAAGGCCAUGAGUCAGUUUGAUGUCAGCAUACUUAAGAAAUCAUCUCUAUCCCAAAAUUGCUGGUGAAGUAUAACAAAACCAACAAACAAGCAGAAACAGCAAUCACAAACAUCCCCGUUAACUGCAGUACAACAAGACAAUGAAAUAAGGGCUCUAUUUCCGUGGCAGCACUACAACCAGUGCAAGCAGCUCCAACUGUUUUAAACUUUUUAUUCUUGUGAUUGGCAGAGAGCAUAUUAAUGAAUCACCACAGCCUCUGCUCUAUAAUCACCUUCAGUCACCUAAACAGCAAGUGAAGACUCCCACAGUCUGUGCUGUACCACUUUGCACCGGUCGUUUUACUUGCAACACCGAAAUAGUGCCCUGAUUUGUGUUAGAAAUCCCAAAAAUCCAACUUAUGUACAGGACAGCAGAACAGAGAGAAGGAAACGUUAUGUGGCUGAACCAGUUAAAGUGAGAGGUAUUAGCCAUUUUUUUAUUUGCUUUUUAAAUUUCUUGUAAUUAACUUAAUCAAUUAUCAGACAAUAAUGUUGAUUCAUCUCAUUAGUUUAAUUUAAAAUGAAAUAUACAUUGGAUAUACAUGUUUUUACAUUAUUAAAAAAAGGUGGUCAGUUGACUAUAUUAUUAGACAGCUUUGGCAUUGCACAACAAUUUCAGCAGCUGUUAUUCAGACAAAGGGGCAGGGGGAGAUGGAAAGCUAUGUCACAUGGCUGAUGCAGGUACACAGUGAGUAUUCUUCAUGAUUUACACACUAUAUAUAAAGAAGCAGAGACACCAGCCUCCCUUCCUACCGAACUUGCUCUAAUCACAUAUACACAUACAUAUGCACACAAACACACUGUUAAACAUCAGGGAGUAGGGCCAGAAUAAGGACCUUCAGACUGAGAGCAGUGCAGUAUGGGACACAGAGGCCCUGUUAUCUGGGUCAUAUGAACCUGUGUGUGUGAGUCCAGUCUUUGUUGUUGGAGCUCUGGGGGUAUUGCCUUACAGUCAGAAAUGUUGGCUGACUCAGUCACACACUGCGCUCUUUCUUUACUGACUCCUCUAUCUCACAUUCUGCUUCCAAUUACACCAAAAUAUUUUUGGUCUGACUGUCAAAUGGAAUCAAUGUCACAAUAAUGUUUACAAAAUAAUAUCAGCUACAUGACGUCCAACAGAAGACGUGCAUCCUCUCCGCCAGCUUGGCCUUGGGUGAUGCCAGCCUGCCCCAACUGCAUUUAUACUGGAUGCAAUAGAUUAAGAUUCAUCAGAAAUUAAACAAGUCAUAACACCCUAAGUGUGCUUGUGUUAGUGUCCUCUGACAGUGUCAAUGCUCCUUCAGUGCCGUGUUGAUGUAAUCCUGCUCAGAACAGUCACUGUGCCCUGGAGAAGGCAGAGGAAAACGCAGUUUAUGCUCCAUGUUGAACACAAGUCAAGCAAACCAUAUAGACAUAAGAGCCAUUCAAUGCACUGAAAGAAAUGUGAUUUUAACUGGUUAAAAGCAACUAUUAUGGUAAAUAGUUGCCAUUUGUGAGUGAAGCAGUUUGUGAGCCAGCUGUUAACACCGAGAGGUAAUCGAGUUGAACUCUUACCGGAAAAAAGAAAGAAUUGAUUUCCAUGAGAGCCAUGACCUUUUCAAAGGAUCACGAAGCACGAAGCUUAAAGCUCCCGCAAAGAUAAAGCGGUUUGUCUAAUAUCUCUUUCUGACAGGGGAUGUGUGCGCUGGUCUAGCGGACACACGUUCAAUCCUUGUUGGACCCGUUUAUAUGAGACAGCUGUCACACUUUUCCACACAAUUCCUCAUUGUCACCCAUUCCUUACGUUUCACAGCUAAACCAUACAGUUACACAGAAGACUUACCAAUUUAAAGUUUGGUUUGCUUGGGCUUUGUGUUUUCCUGUAGCAGUCCUACACCACAACUGAUCCCAGCACUGGUCUGUGUGUAUAGAACAGCCAAAUGUAACUGUCUCCUGACGUGCCAAAAUUCAGUUGAAUAAAGGCAGAGCCGCCAUGGAGCCAGAAGCAGCUGUAGCUUCUCCAGUCAAUCCCUGGCUGCUGAUUAUCGUUAAAACAUGGUACUGAGUUUUAGAAAUGAAACCUUUAAGCACUAAUCCAAGUUUUCUCCACUUUGGUCAGCAGGUUUUACACACAGCCUUUCUGAUCAUGUUGCUUGUUAAAAUGCUACUAGCAACUAUCUGGAGGAGUUUUAAGGAAGGCAUUAGGGGUGCCUAAUAUGUCAUCCAAGUCCACUGAUGCUGUUCAAGAGCCAGGAAAGAUAAAUCAAGUGCACCUGACCAGAAUAUUGUGUUUGAUGUCAACAACUGCUUAAUGCACACACACACACACACACACACACACACACACACACACACACAGUCCAUUUUCAUUUUAAUGUAUGUUACUGUAAAAUGUAAAUGUGAGAUUAUGAAACGAGGGAGAUUUUCAUUACCUGGGAGAAGUUUUUAUGUAAGAGAAAAUUUUAUAAUAUGUGUAAAAUAUGGAGAGUAUUUUUCUUAUUCUUGUAUUUUUAAAUUGUAUAUGAGAGGAGACGGGCAACUGAGGUGAACAGUGUGUGAUAGGUUGCUGCUGAAUGUGUUAACAUGCACACAGUGUUCUGUUUGUCUUUAGCAAAUGUGGUUCUAGUGGCUUAAAGAUCAAGGACGUCUUUUUCAGAAUUCAAAGUUUAGCUUAAAAUUAAAUUCUCCUUCAAUUUUUAAUGAAUGCAUGCCUCAAUGUACCAUGUUAAUAAUGGAAAUCCUGGAAUAUUCCCCCAAACGAAGUACCGUUGGUGUGCAUGUCAGCACAGUCAUUCCAGGGUCACAUAGGUGCUUAUCAUGGCUUAUAACUCCAUAGUUGGAAGGAUCAUUUUCCCUUGCUGUUACAUGAUUAACAAUUUGUGUCAAGCAUGUAACCUGAACUAAAAUCUAGUGUACGCGUGGCUGGAUUAUCAACUGGGCCAAUUGGAGCGGACCAGGGCUCCAAAGGCCCCAGCAUCACUAUGUGGCAAUAAAUUGGUUUGGCUACAUGGACACCUAAUGUACACUGAAUAUACUCUGAUAAGGCCAUGAAAGUGGCUCCUGCAUUGUUACCUGUAAUAUUUCCAUUGCUAAGGUGCUUACAGGGGAUUUAUUUUUUUAUUAAAUCUGUGUGUAGUCAAUGAUCACAAGCUAACUUGGGGGGUGGGGGGGCGGCUGAUCAGCUCAUUUUUGCUUAUGGGCCCCUAUCAGACUAAUUCGGAGUGUACGCCAACAAAGAAACAGUCCAGUCUCACCCAGAGUCAAGUGAAUCUCCAGUGGACCCAGGAUGGGCUUAUCGUAGCUUAGCACAAAGAAUAGAACCAGGGGGAAACUGCAAGCCUAGCCCCUUACUCUGUCUUACUCCAACUGUGUAUUUAUAC